AUGACCACUCCUCUGGUAACAUCCGUCAGCCUCCCAGCGAUAGGCGCCACAGAUCACAUAGGAUCCGCGCAUUCUGCGCACUCCCCUCCCCUGUCCUCCCACCUGCUGGCCUCCCGUGCGUUCGACGAAGUGACUCCCCAGCCAACGAUAGGAGCCAUAGAUAACAUAGAUUCCACGCGCUCUGCGCACUCCCCUCCCCUAUCCUCCCGCCCGCUCUCCACCCGUGCAUUUGAAGAAGUGACCCCCCAACAACUCAUUACGGAGUUGGAGGCUUGGGAUGUUGGGGUGUGGAGGGAGGGUCUACUGAUUGAACAGGAACAGCAGCAGCGGCGGCAGCAGCAGCAGCAGCAGCAGCAGCAGCAGCAGCAGCAGCAGCAGCAGCAGCAGCAGCAGCAGCAGCAGCAGCAGCGGCGGCAGCAGCAGCAGCGGCAGCAGCAAUGGCAGCAGCAGCAGCAGCAGCAUCAGGCUAACCUAGGGGCUGGACUUACAGGAAGAGGGCUAGGGAGGAGCAGAAGCCAGGGCCAUGGCUCUUCAAGGACGCAAGUCUUCAACCCCUCUGAUUGUACGAUGGGGAUAGAUUACUAUGGCCUGCUGUCGGUCCCGAAGACCGCAACCGACGACGAGCUGAAGAAGGCAUACCGCAAGCUCGCCAUGAAAUGGCAUCCCGACAAAAACCCCGACAACAAGGAAGCAGCGGAGGCCAAGUUCAAGCAAAUAUCAGAAGCAUACGAGGUUCUCAGCGACCCAGAGAAGCGGCAGAUCUACGACCAGUACGGAGAAGAGGGUCUUAAAGGAGGCGUACCUCCUCCCGGCGCAGCAGGCGGCGCCGAUGGCGGCGGGUUUCCUGGCGGCUUCCCCGGCGGACCGGGCGGCGGCGGCGGCGUGCGCUUCCGCACGUUCAAUCCACGAAACGCGGAGGACAUUUUUGCCGAGUUCUUCGGCGGGUCGAACCCGUUCGGCGGCGGCGGAAUGGGCGGAAGUUCGUUUAGCGGGUUUGGCGGGCCGGGUAUCCGCGUAACGCAGAUGUCUCCCAACGGAUCCCCCAGAAUGGGCGGAAUGGGGGGGAUGGGCGGAAUGGGGGGAAUGGGCGGAAUGCAAUUCCAGGAGAUGUUUGGCGGAGACGAAUCCCCCUUCGCGCGUUCGCCCAUGGGCGGGAGCCCCAGGAGCCCCAGAAAGCCGCCUCCUGUGGAGAACAAGCUUAUGUGCACUCUAGAGGAGCUCUAUACCGGAUCCACGCGGAAAAUGAAGAUCUCGAGAAACAUCGCGGACGCCAGCGGCAAAACGCUGCCCGUGGAGGAGAUCCUGACCAUCAAUGUGAAGCCCGGAUGGAAGAAGGGUACCAAGAUUACAUUCACAGAGAAAGGCAACGAGCAACCCGGCAUGCUCGCAGCAGACUUAACCUUUAUCAUCGACGAGAAACCCAACGACAGCCAGGGUCUUCUUUGGCACGAUGUAGCCAUGGCCCGUAAGCGCAAGAGCGUAGCUAGUUCUGUUGACUUGUGCCCGCGGGAUCUCGACGAGAUCCCGUACAUCGCUUGGAUGAACAAACAAAUCGCGGCCGGCCGCAAGCCCGCCGGCCCUUUGCCCGAAGGAGCGCCUGGUGCGGGGGACACCUCGUUCGAAGCCCCGCGCGAUGUCCCUACCCGCGGACGCCGUCAUGCCGACCGAGUUGCCUCAUCCCGCGUCAACGACGAUGCUGCCUUCGAUGACGAUGAUGACGCCGCGGACUCUGAUUACAACGAGUGCGACGAGGCCUGCGAAGACGACGCGAACUCUGGCGAGGAGCAGGACAAGGGCAUGUCCCCCUCCGAGGAUGAAGUUGACGCCGACGAGGACGCCGAUGACGACGAGGACGCUCCCGAAGAGGCCCAGCCUGCGUCCCCGGCUCCUCGUCGCGGCCGUGCGUCUGCCGCUGCGGGAACCAAGACUGCUGCUAAGGGCGGGGAACCUCCGCGUGCCGCUGCCAAGACCCGUAACUUGCAUCCUGUUAAGCGGAGCGUGUGGUCCCCCCGCGAGAACACAAUCUUCGUGGCUGCGCGUUGGUUCAUGAAGGACGAGCUCGGGCCCCUCCUCGGGAAGCAGGGCUCUCAGUACUGGGCCCGCCUCGCGCGUCACCUCGAGAAGGAGAAUCCCGGUUGGGUGAGCGGUGUAAACGCGCUUCAGAAGCAGUGGCGCAAUCUUGUGAACAUGUACAAGCAGAUCAAGAAGGGGGAAAAGGCGAGCGGCAAGGGUGCCGUGUGCAAGCCCCACUGGUACCCGUACAUGGCGCUUUUCCAGAACAACAAGGCGGUGGGCAACCCUCACGCCGUCGACGGUGGCGGUGCGGCACACGUCAACGUGCCGUGCGGGUACGCGGUCCCGUCCACUUCGGCGCCCUGCACCUCUACGCCGACAUUCACUGCUCCGCCGCCGCAGGGAACUCCUACAUCGAAGCGCCCACGUGUGGCAGAGACGGCGACGAUGGCCGCUGCAAAGCUGGUGUGCGAGACGAUCAAAGGCUGCUACGCCAUGAGCAGGCUCGAAGGCCUCGUCCGCGCGUGGAUGGAUCAGGACGCGCGUAUUGCUCGGGAACGCGUGCAGCAGCCCGCACCCUCCCCGCAUGUCCGCGACGACAUCCCUACCCACGCGGACAACAUGACCGACUCGCACGCCGCCGAAGGCGGCGACGACGGCUGGCUUCGUCGCGGGCAGGCGGGCGAAGACCCCUCUAACCCAGAUGCGGGUGAGGAGGUGUGGGUCCGCGGCGCCGCCGAGUGA